CUUGGUGAGAUCCUUAGUUUUCUGUCUUUCUAUGUCCAACAUAAAACAUCGUCAAUAAAACAAAAAACAACCCCACAAUUAGUUUCUGUUUCCGCAUGGUUUUUCCCGCCAAUCUUUGUUCUUUCUCCCAAAAAAGAAAAGAAAUCUCUCCUUUUCCCUUUCUAUUUCUAUUUCUAUUUCUCUUCUCUUCACUUGUUCUUCUUCACUCUUUAAGAUAAUAUUUAUGUCCCAAAAUCAAAUAAAGGGUGUAAAAAAGGGGAAGCAAUACAGAAAAACAGGGGAUAGUGGAAGAACAAAUAACAAUACAUCUGAUCAGCUUUACCGGAGCUUUUCCACCACCGGAAGAGGCGGUUCCUCAGCCCCUCUAUCUUCUGAUUCUGCUUCUACUGAUUGCAGUUUCAAGAAGGCUAACAAUGCACAAGACAGGCAGUCGAGGGGACAUCAUGGAUCUGUGAAUACUACAUCAGGCCCUAAUCCUGCUUCUUCUGACGUUUAUCCUGUUGUGAAUUGUAAUCGUGUGCAGUCGACAUUACAUGCAUCAUCUGCACCGGCUCAAGCUGCUGUCGAGUCAGCAGAUACUUCGAGUAAGAACAACAAUCACUCCGUUUCAAAAGUUCAGGCGUCCUCCAUGACUCCAGACUCUACCGUACCUUUACCUCCUCCUGAAGGAGGAGGUAAGGCAUUUCCUCUUCAAUUUGGAUCUAUAAUCAUGGAGGUUCCAGCACGAACCAUCUCGGCUCCACCAGGUUUGGAUGAGCAGAAGCGUGAUCAGGAACAUUCUGCUGCUGCAAGGGCUGCACCUGCUAAUCCAGUACCAAAUGCUUCUAAACAGAAAGAACCUCAAAAGCAUGUUCAUUCUGAACCACCAAUUGCCCAAGAAACCCAUACGGUUUCAGAGGUCAACCGAGAUGUGCAACUGAUAUCUGCACCGUCUUCUAUUCGACCAAUGCAAGGUCACCGGCCUGCUCUUCAUCCUAUGGCAGGGAUGCCUGUGCCUAUACCGUAUCAGCCAUACCUACCUCCUCCCCACUUGCCAUUUUGUGGCCCCAAUCUGCAAAUCCCGGCUCAUCAAAUGCCAAUGCCGAGGCCACCACAUCUAGUAAACCCACCUCAAGUUCAGCAACGAGGUUUUUUACCUGGUCUUCCACACCAUCCUAAUCAAGGAAUUAUCCAUCAAGGUCCAAGCUUUGGAUUCAACCCUCAUCUGGGACCACCGUUUCCUCAUCACCCAGGAAAUUUAGCAAUGCCAAUGCCACCUCCAUUUAGUUUGCCGCAGCCUGGAAACGGUGGAAAUGCUCGUAAAACCGUGAAGAUAACUCAUCCGGAAACACGCGAGGAGUUGAGACUAGAUAAAAUUGAUGGGUGUUCACCUAGUUCAAGGUCACAUCAGAUGGGUCCUCAACCAUUUCAAUCUGUGCCGUCUUAUGCUCCAAUGCACCCAAGUGGCUACUUCUCCGCUCCCUAUACUCCAGGUCCUCCGGUUUUUCCAGUUCCAAAUUCUUUUCCUCCUACAAGCACCCAGUUACAAUUACAUGCUAGUUCUCAGGCUUUCAAGGCACAACCAACUAUGCUUUUCAUGAACCAAUCUACUUCUAAUGCUUUAAGGCACGGGGGUUCGGAGUUAUCCAAUUCAGAUUUGGCUCAGAGUGUUCAUAUUGUGUUACCUUCUGUAACUUCACCACCAAUGACCGUUAAAGCAGCUGCAGAUAUUACAGCAGAUAAGGGUACAGACUCAGAUACAUCUGUUCGGUCAGUUGAGGAAGCAAAGGCAGAUGUCUCUUCUGUGGAACCAAAAUCCGAUUCUUCUAGCUUGAAAGAGUCGAAUACAUCCGUUCGGUCCGAUAAGGAUGUCGUCAUGAAGGAAAAUGUUGUAAAGUUGGACUCCAUGAAGGAUAUACAGCAGCCACAGAACAAGGACGUUUCUGUUGCAGCGUCAACUGCGACUCCUUCGGUUGAUCUUGGUGCUGCGAAUGCUGCAGAAAAAGAUCACGACUCUAAACAUGGUGGCGGACUUUUGCAAGAAACCGAGCAAAAUGGGGAAAAGGAAGUUGGGAAGCUGCCAUCAGGUCAUGGUUUGAAGACCACAUAUAUUGUCAAAAGAACUGCUGGUUCUGAAGCUUCUCAGGGAGAAUCUGAAUCUGUUAAGACUGGAAUCGAGAGUGACAAAAUCGCACCUGUUAAUGUGUCGAAACUUAUGUUGGAUAAUGAAGCAGCUCCCGCUUCUGUUAAAUUUCCUGAAACCAAUCUAGGGAACGAAGUGGAGAUCAUAGAGAGAUCAAGACCAGCUUCUAUUUCAGGCGUUUCUUCGGUGAUAAAUAAAACUUCUGCGGACCCAUAUAAGAUAAAGAAUAAUAGGGGGAAGAAGAAACGGAAAGAAAUGCUUCAGAAAGCCGAUGCUCUUGGGACAAGUUCUGAUUUGUAUAUGGCCUACAAAGGUCCUGAGGAGAAGGAAGAAAGUGGUGUUUCUGGAGAAGGUGCUACGACGAGUAACUUAAAGUGUUCAUUGCAUGCUGGAGUUGAAAAUUGUUCGACAAAGAAAAAGGAUGAGCUUAGAAAACUAGAGCUUGAAGAUUGGGAAGAUGCUGUAGAUGGGUCGACACCGAAGUUGGAGUCCUCAGUUAGAGGGGACAAUAGAGCUAAAAAGUAUUCAAGAGAUUUUCUUCUUACUUUUUCAGAGCAAUGUACCGACUUGCCUGACGGGUUUCAGAUUAUGCCCGACAUUGCUGAUAUAUUAUCUCUUUGCAAUGCUAGUGGUUCUCAUAACAAUCGUGAAUAUGGUAGUUCCGGAAAAAAAGUCGAUAGGGCUGGAGCUGCUCGACAUGAUCAUUGUGUUAAUGGGAUGAUGAAUGCUGAUAGGUGGGAUAAAUCUGGUGCACAAGUUUCUAAUCGGGAUCCAGGGAUAGAUCUUGGCUACGGUAAUUAUGUGAUGGGAUUUCGGCCUAAUUCAAGCCCCAAUUAUGGCGUUAGAAACAUUCAGCACCCUGGUGGGGUUCUUUCUGGGCCAUCACACUCAAUGGGGUUUCAGGGAACACAGAGUAACUACCCUGAAACGGAACGCUGGAAAAAAGCCACGGGUUUCAACAAAGGUUUGAUGCCGGUUCCUCAGAGUCCGGCACUGAUGAUGCAUAGAGCCGAGAAUAAGUAUGAAGUGGGUAAGGUUAGUGAUGAAGAGCAGGCAAAACAAAGGAGAUUAAAGGCGAUUCUAAAUAAGCUUACUCCUCAGAAUUUCAACAAACUGUUUGCGCAAGUUAAAGAAGUUAAUAUCGACAAUGUCGUGACUCUAAGUGGAGUCAUCUCUCAGAUUUUUGACAAGGCUCUUACAGAACCAACAUUCUGUGAAAUGUAUGCUAACUUUUGCCAUCAUUUGGCUUCGGAAUUACCAGACCUUAGUGUAGAUGAUGAGAAGAUCACCUUCAAGCGGCUGCUUCUUAAUAAGUGCCAGGAGGAAUUCGAGAGGAAUGAACGGGAAGAAGAAGAAGCGAACAAGGCUGACGGGGAUAUUGAGCAAACUGAGGAGGAGAGAGAACAAAAGAGAUUGAAUACACGAAGACGUAUGUUGGGUAACAUUAGAUUGAUCGGAGAGUUAUACAAGAAGAGGAUGCUAACGGAGAGAAUAAUGCAUGAAUGCAUAAAGAAGUUGUUGGGGCAAUAUCAAAAUCCCGAUGAAGAAAAUAUCGAAGCAUUGUGCAAGUUGAUGAGCACAAUCGGCGUGAUGAUUGAUCACUACAAAGCUAAGGAACAUAUGGAUGCCUAUUUUGACAUCAUGGGGCAGUUAUCCAAUAACAUGAAGCUAUCUUCAAGAGUGAGGUUCAUGUUGAAGGAUGCCAUUGAUCUUAGGAAGAACAAAUGGCAACAGAGAAGGAAAGUUGAAGGGCCGAAAAAGAUCGAGGAAGUGCAUAGAGAUGCUGCUCAAGAAAGGCUUGGCCAAGCCGGAAGAUUUAAUCAUGGGCAGAGCUUGAACUCUGCAAUGAGAAGGGGUCAAAGUCAAACUGUAGAAUAUAUUCCAAAGGGCUCCAUGUUAUCCUCUUCAGUGGGUCCGAUGGGUGGCUUCAGAAGUUCGAGUACUCAGGUUCGUGGAUAUGGCGGAAAGGAUAUACGAAUGGAUGAUGGCUCUUCUAAGAGCAGAAUUCUUUCAGUGCCUUCGCCCCAUCGCUCUUUGGGUGAUCAGCCAAUUACGCUUGGACCUCAAGGUGGUCUUGCUAAGGGCAUGUCAUGUAGAGGGAAGCCCCCUGUUAGUGGUUCGAACGGUUUCAAUAGCGCGUUAGAGCGUGGAGUACGUACCAUGGAAGAUCAAUUUACAAGACAGACAGAAAGAUUUGAUGAACCGGUGGCUCAUGAUCAUUCCGAUGGCCUACAACCCGAUUCAAUGAACACAAUUAGGGAUGUGAAAAACCCUAAUGAAAGCAUUAUCUCAGGAAAGGUGUGGCCUGAAGAACACUUUAGAGACAAGUCUGUGGCAGCCAUUAAAGAAUUUUACAGUGCAAAUGAUGAGAAGGAAGUUGCAUUGUGCAUCAAGGAUUUGAAUGCUCCAAAGUUCAACCCUACAGUUAUUUCUAUUUGGGUUGCUGAUGCUUAUGAAAGGAAAGACUUGGAGCGGGAUAUGUUGGCAAAAUUGCUUGUCAAUCUCACAAAGGCUCGAGACGACAUGUUCAGUCCACAACAGCUUAUUAAAGGCUUCGAAUUGGUUUUGGAAAAUCUGGAGGAUACGGUUAUUGAAGCCCCAAAAGCACCAGAAUAUCUAGGCCGAAUUCUUGCAAAAGUCAUCAUAGAAGACGUCCUGCCCUUGAAAGACGUGGCUAGAUUAAUACACAAAGGCGGGGAGCAACCUGGGCGUCUUUUGGAAAUCGGCUUGGCUGGUGAUGUUCUUGGAAACGUCUUAGAGACGAUAAAGUCGGAGAAAGGAGAAUUAACCUUGAUGGAGAUUCAAAAAAGCUCCGAUCUUCAGAUUGACGAUUUCCGACCUCCAAAUCCUCUCAAAUCUAAAAAACUAGAGUUGUUUCUUAGUAGAAUCUGAUGAUGAUGGUUCAUUUUAAGCUGUUUUUUUUGACAUCAAACUUGUGCUUUAAGCACUAAGAUUGUCUUUUUUCAGCUUCCCUAUUAUUAAUGAGCAAAUUGACAUUAAUUUGCAAUA